UUGUCAUUACCAGGUGGAGGAGGUCCCAGCAUGAUCGUGUGGCUUGGUGGUGCUUUGCUUCUGUCCAUUGGGCUUAUUCUCUUCUCUAUCUGGAGAUGGGGAUUAAGAAGCCAUGGAUCGGUAAAAUACCCCAAGAGCUUACCUUCAUUGCCUGUCAUUGGGAGUCUACUUCACCUUGGGAGUCACUUACCUCCACACAUUCUGUUCUGUAAUCUCCAGGAAAAGUAUGGCAGCCUCUACUCCUUCAUGAUGGGAUCCCACUAUGUGGUUGUUGUGAAUAACCAUGAGGAUGCCCGGGAGGUUCUGCUGAAGAAGGGUAAAACGUUUGCCGGAAGACCCAGGACGGUCACAACUGACAUUUUGACAAGAGAUUCCAAAGAUAUUGCUUUUGCCGACUACAGCCCCACGUGGAAGUUUCACCGUAAACUGGUGCACUCUGCGCUCGGCAUGUUUGGUGAAGGGACCAUUGCCAUUGAGCAGAUCGUUUCCCGCGAGGCGGCCUCCUUGUGCCACACGCUGACUACUUUCCAGACUGUCCCAUUCGACGUGACGCCAGAACUCACCCGAGCCAUCACCAAUGUGGUUUGCUCGUUGUGUUUCAGCACAAGAUAUAGCAGAGGUGAUGAAGAGUUUGAGUCCAUGUUAAGAUACAGCCAAGGCAUUGUGGACACCGUGGCAAAAGACAGCCUGGUUGACAUCUUCCCCUGGCUCCAGAUAUUCCCAAACAAGGACCUGGAUUUAUUGAGGAAGUCAGUCGCAAUUCGAGAUCAUCUUCUCCAAAAGAAAUUAAGGGAACAUGAGGCGGCAUUUUGCAGUGAAACGGUAAAUGAUCUAUUGGACGCUCUUAUAAAGGCCAAACUCAGCAUGGAAAAUAACAACAGCAACAUAUCCAAAGAUGUAGGACUGACAGAGGAUCACAUCCUGAUGACCGUUGGGGAUAUAUUUGGAGCCGGAGUAGAGACCACAUCUACCGUGUUGAAAUGGGCACUUGUGUAUUUAUUACACUACCCAGAGGUGCAGAAGAAGAUCCAGGAGGAGCUGGAUGUGAAGGUUGGAUUUGGGCGACAUCCACAACUGAGUGACAGGAAAAUGUUGCACUACUUGGAAGCCACCAUAGCUGAAGUUCUGAGAAUUCGCCCUGUCUCCCCUCUGCUCAUUCCUCACGUAGCAUUGAAAGAUACCAGCAUUGGAGAAUACACCAUUCCUAAAGAAGCCCGAGUGGUGGUAAACCUGUGGUCCCUGCAUCAUGACGAGAAGGAAUGGGUGAACCCUGGAGACUUUAAUCCAGAUCGCUUCUUAGAUGAAAAUGGACGCCGUGUGCGCUCCCCAAGCCACAGUUACCUGCCAUUUGGUGCUGGAAUCCGGGUAUGCCUUGGAGAAGCCCUGGCCAAGAUGGAAAUCUUUCUCUUCCUUUCCUGGAUCUUACAGAGGUUCACUCUGCAGGUUCCUGACGGAGACCCCUUGCCAGACCUGGAGGGGAAAUUUGGUGUUGUACUCCAGGUGAAACCAUUCAGGAUGACUGUAAAGCUGAGAGACGUCUGGAAAGACAUUGACAUAACUACAUAAACACUGCACGUUGCGACCCAAAUGGAGUAUUUUGACCAAUAACAUUUUAGACAGACCACAUGAGGUUUAAGCAUAUAACAGUAUUGUCAGCCUCAUCAUUCUUUAUUUAUAGAUGUUAAAUAGUCUCGUACAGUAAUGUCAAGCAGUGACGGUCUGUGCAUUCUUAGUAUGAGCACCCCCUGAGCCAGUGGGGCCACUAAAUUAGGAUAACAUUGCUGAAAAUGUGCUUUUCAAAUAAGUUCUGUAGUGUGAACAGUGCAUAUAUACUCCAAAGUCCCUUCUUUUCUACCAUUGAUUUUAUGGCCUGCACUACACAUGGGUGAGAAUACAUGUACAAAGAUAAAAACUCAAAAAUAAACACAAAUUCCCUUUAUACACUGGCUUCCUUAUGUGAGUUAGGCUGGGUUCACAUCGUGUUUUCAGUCAUACAGGACUGCAUACGGCUGGGGGGGAGCUAAAACCAGGCGCUCCCGUAUGUCAUGUAUUUCAAUGAGCCAACCACGGUUUUAGGUCCGGUGGAAAACCACAUACGGGGCAAAAAUGAGCUGACCGGUUCACUCCGGUCUGCUCAUUAAAAUACAUUACAUACAGGCCGCAUACGGCAGGGAUACCAGAGCGCCCGGUUUUAGCUGUAUGUGGUCCCGUAUGGCUGAAAACGUGAUGUGAACCCAGCCUAAUAAAGACAUUACAUGCAUCAACAUAAACUUAGUAGGAGCAAUAACUGGGCGGUGACUCUAUCCUCUUGCUCCAUCUUUAUGUAUUCAGCAAAGCCCAGUACUGUAAAUAUUACAGAUAAAUAUUAUACUUUAUAAGAUUGCAAAACACAAAACAGCUUUCCCUACAAACCUGACUAGUCUCCCAGCGGUGGGGAAAAAAACACCCCCAUAGUGCGAUGCUGCCACCACCAUGGCGCCCCCCUAUGCAAUAUUUUACUAUUUUCUUUUUAAAGGGGUUAUCCAGGAAAAAACUUUUUUUUUAAUCAACUGGCUCCAGAAAGUUAAACAGAUUUGUAAAUUACUUCUAUUAAAAAAUCUUAAUUCUUUCAGUACUUAUGAGUUGCUGAAGUUGAGUUGUUCUUUUCUGUCUAAGUGCUCUCUGAUGACACGUGUCUCGGGAACCGCCCAGUUUAGAAGCAAAUCCCCAUAGCAAACCUCUUCUACUCUGUGCAGUUCCCGAGACAAACAGAGAUGUCAGCAGAGAGCACUGUUGCCAGACAGAAAAGAACAAUUCAACUUCAGCAGCUGAUAAUUAUUGAAAGGAUUAAGAUUUUUAAUAGAAGUCAUUUACAAAUCUGCUUAACUUUCUGGAGCCAGUUGAUAUAAAAAUAAAAAAUAAAGUUUUUUCCUGGAAUACCCCUUUAAAUAAAUUAGCAGAGAUUUCGAUCAUUCUGUUUUUGCUUUGUCAUUAUGGGGUAUUGAGUGCAAAAGGAUGGGGAAGGGGGUCUGAAGACUUUCCGAAUGCAUUGUAACAAUAAUCCUUUAGAGCUGUGGUCCUCCAGCUGUUGCAAAACCACAAUUUCCAACAUGCGCGGACAGCCGUUGGCUGUCCGGGCAUGUUGGGAAUUGUAGUUUUGCAACAGCUGGAGGGCAGCAGGUUGGAUACCCUUGCUAUAGGAUGCCUAAAUAAAGACAGGAGGAGGCAGGGGAAGCACUCUCAUGAAUAUAUUAAAUACCUUUUAGCAUUGUCUAGAUAAUACAUUUUUCUUCAAAUUGUGCUGCCCUCGAACAGUACAGUCUAUGGUGAUGGGUCACCAGACAGAAAAAAACAACUCAGCUUCAGCAGCUGAUAAUUAUUGAAAGGAUUAAGAUUUUUUAAUAGAAGUAAUUUACAAAUCUGUUUAACUUUCUGGAGCCAGUUGAUAUAAAAAAAAAAAAAGUUUUUUCCUGGAAUACCCCUUUAAUGUUAUUUGCUUUAGGGUAUUUCUGUCAUAUGUGUAACAUAAAUGUACAUGAGAUGUAUUAAUAUAGGUGUUUGACCUUUGCACCGCUGCAAUUGCAAACUUCUCUUUAAAAGGAAUCUGUCGCUUAUGUCUCUUAUACCUGUGAGAUUCAGUUUGUGUUAAAGGGGUACUCCAGAAGAAAGAAAAAAAAAGUUCUCAAAUCAACUGGUGCAAGAAAGUUGUACAGAUUUGUGAAUGACUUCUAUUUAACAAUCUGAAACCUUCCAGUACUUAUCAGCGGCUGUAUGCUACAGAGGAAGUUGUGUAGUUCUUUUCUGUCUGACCACAGUGCUCUCUGCUGACAUCUCUGUCUGCGUCAUGAACUGUCCAGAGCAGGAGCAAAUCUUCAUAGCAAGCCUCUCCUGCUCUGGACAGUUCCUGACAUGGACAGAGGUGUCAGCAGAGAGCACUGUGGUCAGACAGAGAAGAACUAUACAACUUUCUCUGCAGCAUACAGCAGCUGAUAAGUACUGGAAGCCUUUAGAUUUUUACAUAGAAUUACUUUACAAACUUUUUAGCACCAGUUUAUUUGAAAACAUUUUGUUUCUCUGAGGAGUACCCAUUUAAUUCUAACAUUAUAAUUUUAUAUUUGUGUACUUUUAUGUAUGAUACUAUCCACAUCCUAUACGCUUGUGAUCUACAAUUUAUAUACAUUAUUUUAAAAUUCCUGUACUUUGAUAUUGUACUACAAUUUCUCUUAACUUUUUGAUGUGUAACAUUUCUUAAUGCAAAUGUAUUCAAUAAACUUCAUUCAAGUUAAAAAAAAGAAAGAAAGAAAA